AUGCCCCUCUUGGAGGUGAGGCUACCUCUCGGAGACGAGGAAGAUUACCACCUUGAAGACGAAGAACCCCGUCACGAUGCUGAAGUCGAGGACCAUGAUAACAAAGACAGAGACGACAUAAUCAAAUACAGGUGCUAUCGCUGCUAUCCAUGCCUCAACAGGAAGGGUCAAGAAUGGCGGCCAAAGAAUUGA